AUGGUUGAAAACAGUACGCUUCAGACUCCAGAUAACGGAAAUGGUGACGGUGAUAUUAGUAAGCCAUAUUCCGGGGCAUUUUCCUUAGGCUUGCAUAAAACCACGCCUGGAUUAGAAGGUGAGCACUCAAGCACAUCGCCUGCCCCCGAGAACUCCGAAAUGCAAAACAGGAAAAGAAACAGAAUCUCUUUUGUCUGUCAGGCUUGCAGGAAGUCGAAAACGAAAUGUGAUAGAGAGAAACCGGAAUGUGGCCGAUGCAUCAAGCAUGGGUUGAAGUGUGUUUACGACGUAUCGAAGCAACCGGCACCCAGAAUUCCCAGUAAAGAUGCCAUCAUAUCAAGGCUAGAAAAGGAUAUGUACUACUGGAAGGAUAAAGCUAUGAAACUGCUCACCGAGAGAGAGACGAAUGACUCGGGUAAAAGAUCGGCAAGUCCUACCAAUACAAAUGCGGCUAAUGGAGAAAGUCCCGAGACCAAGAAAUUACACACAAUGGAAAACUUGUACCAGCAGGAUUUUAAGGAGAGCUCAAGUAAUGGUGAAGAUGAUAUCGAAGUCAACCUGUAUAGAAGCCAUCCAACCAUGAUCAUGAGCAAGGUUAUGAAAAGAGAAGUUAAGCCCUUGUCUGAAAACUACAUUAUUAUUCAGGACUAUUUUUUGAAAAUCCUGGUUACUUCAGUAUUCCUCGAUACCUCCAAAAAUACAAUGAUACCGGCACUUACGGCAAACGCAAAUAUUACUAGAGCUCAGCCUAGCGUAGCAAAUAAUCUCUUGAAGUUAAAGGAAAUGUUAAUCCGACAGUGCCAAACUGAUGAUGAGAAGAGCCGUGUUAAUGAGUUUACCGAUAGGAUAUUACAGAAUACGAAUUCCAAUAGAAACUUGAAAAUCGGUAUGUUGUUGUCAAUGCUUUACAAUUCCGUUGGCCACCAAUACUUAGAAGAUCACUGUCCUCAAGGUGGCGAGUAUUCAGAUUUAUUGAAAAAUUUGAUCGCUGAGUGUGAUGCCAUUUUACCACCAUAUGAAAUUAUUGAACGCUAUAAGAAUCAUUUCUUCGAAUACGUUUAUCCGAGUUUACCGUUCAUCGAGUUGGAUCUUUUUGAAGAGUCUCUCAGUCAAACAAUUUUUCCCGAUGAAAACGAUCCUUCCAGGGUGAAAAUACGGAUGGGGAGCACUCAUUUGAGAUCCAAAGUAGAAAAUUUAAGUCUACUUUUGGUUAUCCUGAAACUAUCAUACAUGUCAAUAAGAUUUUUAGACCACAAAACAGCAGAGUCAAGUGUUUAUUUAUCAAAGGAAAUAAUUGAUAAAUACCCAAUACCGAAUGAUUUUAUCUUGUUAAGUCAAAGAUGCUUGGCGUCAGAAAAUUGGUGCGCAUGUGCUAAUGAAAAUAUCAUAUCGUGCUUAUUAUAUAUUUGGUCGUUUUUUGCCUUUUCGCCUGAAGAGGGUGAUUUCUUUCUUGAGCACCCUACUGAUGUUAUCAGUAGUUUAAUAAUGAUGCUUUCCACUUCGAUUGGUCUCCAUAGAGAUCCAUCAGAUUUCCCUCAAUUAAUAUCGCCAUCCACCUCAGAUAAAAGAGUAUUGAACCAUAGGAGGAUACUGUGGUUGAGUAUUGUCACUGUUUGUUCGUUUGAAGCAAGUCUCAAGGGUAGACAUUCCGUCUCACCAAUAUCUUUAAUGGCAUUAUUUUUGAAUAUUAAAGAUCCCGAUUCCUUGACAGUUUAUAUGAACAGGGUUAGGAAUGAUCUGAGCGAUCUCAACGAUACUAAACUGUUGAGAAUUCAUGAAUUCUCAUUUAAGAGGGCGCAACUGGCUUUGCUGUUAUCAGAUUUGGAUAAUCUAACAAUGACUUACUACGGGAGCUUUCAUUUGCAUUCAAUUGAAUUCAUUAGAGAAAAACUAGACAUUUUCGUAGAAGAAAACUUUCCCAUAGUGCCUUUGAAAAGUGUCACACAGGAUAAAUCUGAUUUUGAUGAUACCGACGUAAUAUCAGAAAUGAACUUAUUGUCAUCAGAGAAUUCUUCUUCAUUUCACAGUCGAAUAAUGAAUAAACUAUUGAUGCUAAGAACCUCAAUGGCUAUACUUUUACAUUUUGAAUCAUUGAUCACUAAGGAUAAAAACGUUUUCCCAUUCUACAAGAAGUAUUUUAUGCUCAGUUGUAUGGAUGCAUUGUCAUUGAUAAACUAUUUUAACAAAUUCUUCAACGGUGAAUAUCGAUACGCAAUUUCUUCUCUGACAAGUUUUAAUGUAACAAAGUUCAUUCAGUUGGCACUAUCUAGUACGAUUUUCAGCUUAUUGGGGAUUGUUCUGAGAAUCGGCUUAGCCAUCCAUAUGUUAUAUUCUGAAAUACAAAAGAUACCAGGAACAACAGAUCCCAGAAUAAAGGAAUUAAACGAUAAAAUUGAAAAAUUUAGUGUUUUACAAAGAGAUCUGGAAUCUGCCUUAGAAGGUAUAUAUUGCUCUGCUUCAGAACAUUUAAGAUUCACAUACUUCCCCGUUUUCAAGAUGUUAGCUUUAUUCGAUGUUAUUAUUCAAAGAAUGAGAAAGGGCGAACUAUGGCAUGGUAUAUUUAGAAUGAUCCAAAUGGAGCAAUUGCAUUCGAGAAUUAUCAAGACGCUAAGCAUUACCUUGGGUGUCAAAUUGGAUAAGAAGGAUCGACUGUUGGAGGAAUUAAUGGGAUGCAAUCAUGUGGCAAAAUUUGGGAUUGAAGAUAUAGAUGAUCUGAACGAAAAAAUCAAAAAAGAAAUCCAGAUUUCCUCAGGCUUGAAACCUCCGGUAAAUACGAUCGACUCGUUGAACAGUGAACUGUUUGAAAAAACUGCUCCUUCCGUUGCUCAAACAUGGAGUUCGUCCUUGGAUAAUUUAGAAAAGCUGUCAUCGGCAGCCGCAGUUAGCCAAAAUUUGGACUACCAUACCGUUUUACAGCACGGAAACUUACCGGGCGGUUCCAAAGAACAAACGCCGCUGACCGGGAUGAACAGCCUAAACAACUCAAUGAAUGCUACACCAAUGGCUGACAAUUCAUCUGGAUCACAACUUCCAAAUGGAUUCGAUCGAAAUCAAGCGAAUAACACACCUUUCCCAGGAUAUUUUGGUGGUUUGGAUUUAUUUGACUAUGACUUUUUAUUCGGUAACGAUUUCGCUUGA